AUGAUCUCGACGGCGAAGAGUCCACUUACUGGAAAAAAAUUGUCAAAACCUCCGGUUGGGACGGAAUUUAGUAGAAGACCACCGAAUAACGUCGAGGAGAUUGCUUGUGAAGUUGGGUUUUCCCAUAGUUCAGCUCUCCAGAUUCUGAUUGGAAACCUUGGGCUCAAUAAGUUCUCGUUCGCUGAAUCUCAAAAGCGUUGCGCGAAGAUCGUUUAG